CGGCCCUCCCGGGGCGGGGCCGCGCAGGCGCGGGGCGGCCAUGGCGACCUUCUUCGGGGAGGUGGUGGUGGCCCCGUCCCGGGCCGGGCUGGACGAGGAGGAGGAGGAGCGGGAGGAGACCCCCGAGGACCGCGAGAUCCGCAGGGAGCUGGAAAAGAAAAGGGAGAUCGAGGUGCUGUGGAGCGGGCUGGCCCAGGGGCCCUUGGCGUGCUCCAGGUUCGUCGUGGCCAUAGGGCGGAACGCGGCAGCUUUCCUGUCGUCUUUUAUUCUGGAUUCUGUGUGCUGGGAAGUGGUUGGAGUCGUGAAGCUGUGGAAUGAGUGGUGUCGAACAUCCAGCACCACAAAUGUCCUCCCCACAGAUUCUUUCUGUUUGUUCUACAGAUUAAUAUCAGACCCCUCAGUUCUGCUGUGCCAGUGUAGUUGCUACGUGGCUGAGGAUCAACAGUUCCAGUGGCUUGAGAAGGUUUUUGGCUCCAUGCAAAAGGAGGGUUUGCAGGUAACCAUCCUUUCAACGUGCCCCGUGGCUGAUUAUAAAACUCAGGAAUCCACUUUAACACUUGCAUCUCCAUUCCUGAAAGCCUUGAAGACCAAAGAAUUCCAGGAGCAGGUUUGCUGCCCACUGCUGGAACAGCCCAACAUUGUGAGGGAUCUUCCUGCUGCUGUUUUGAGUUACUGCCAGGUCUGGCAGAUCCCUGCAGUGCUGUACCAGUGCUACACUGAUGUCAUCAAACUGGACACGGUGACAAUUGAAGCCUUCAAGCCUCUGCUUUCUUCUAAAGUCCUCAAGAGUUUAGUCAAGGAUGCAUCUGAAAGCACGAAGAUGUUGAAGAAGUUCCUGACAGCCACUGAAAGUCACAAUAAUAUCUAUAUUUAACAAGGACAUUUGUGCCACAGGCUGCACUUCUGGAAACUCCAGUUUCUUCUGCAGAAGACUUUUGGGAAUUUUAAUUUUUUUUUUUCUUUAAAAGUAGAAUAAAUUCUGGGAGGUUUUUACUUCUCCACUCAUUUUUGUUGCUCUCAGCUUCAUCACUGCAGACACAUGGAUUCCUUCUGCCUGGCUUGGGAGACUUUCUUCUGGAGUGACUUCAGGAAAGCAGCUUGUUAUUCUCCUCCUGAAGGGAUUGUCUUACCUAAACAUAAAUUAAAAAUUACAUAUAAACUCCUUUUAUAUGGAAAAGAAGACAUGCAGUUAAGGGACCCUGUCUAUAUCUAACAAGAACACCUAUUUUUAACUUUAUUUUCAGUCACAGAGUAUUUUCUAAUACCUGAUGCUCUUUAAAGGUUUGGCUGUGAUGAAGAUACACUCUGUGCCCUUUUACAUCCAUAAAUAGAUAUAAUUUUGUUUGUGUGUCUGCACAUACUUUUUUAAUGUGUGUGUUGAUACAAAAUACAGUAAGUAAAGUAUGGAAAAUGCCUUUUAAAGACUUAAAUAACCUGGUGAAAGGGGCUUGCAGGAUCACAAGCUGCUUCAGCUGGACUUGCCAGGACAAUUAUCCAUUUUAAAGCUCCAAACUUUUGGCAACAGUAGGGAUAAUACAAGAUCUCCAAUGCAGAGCUUGUGAUUUUUAGAGGAAAGUAAAAGUUCAGGUUUUAAAGUGUCUCAGAAAAUUCUCUGGAAGUUGGUAACAAUUUCAGCAGUUGGCAACAAUUUCAAUAUUUUAAAUUUAAUUAUUUAAAAUAUUUGCUAGGAUCGAGGUGCAGUUCUGGGUUGUUUAUGCUCUGUUUAAUUUAGCAUUUUGUUUAAGGAAAUGACAUUAAAAGUGGUGUUUCUGUUGCUCCCAGGGGAAUUCUGUUCUCUGAGUUUAACUUUGCACUGGAGGCUCAGUUCCUUUAAUUUGCUAUUCAUGUUAUUGCAGAGAAGCAAGAAAAUGUUGCUUCAAGUGCUGCUGGAUUUUAGAACUGGAUUUUGGAGCAAAGCCUGAAGCCUGAAGUGCAGGCCAUGGUUCCUUCUGUGAUUUUUGGGGGGAUUUUUCCCACUUGUGUCCAUCAUUUUAGUCCAAAAACGGUUUCUUUGAGUGAGCUGAGGAUUCCCCUUGCUCUGAAAGCUGCACAUUGGCUGCACCAUUUCCUUGCUUGUACCUGUUUGAUUUAUAAUAAAUAAGGUGGAUAACAAAAAAUAUCUUUAAUAAUAAAACUGCAGGCUCUUUUAGGAA